AUGUCUCAUCCAUUUAAAAACAAGCAAAAAGUAGUCACUGCAUCAAAGACAAGGAUAAAAAAACAUCAUUUGGAUAAUGAUAUUUUUAAUAAAAGUAAGUGCAGGUUCAAUAUUAAUGAAGAUGAUAGUCAAACCACUAGCAAAGUUCACAUAAAUGCUAUGACUAAGCUUAUAAAGACAAGUAAAAUUUGGUUGAAAAAUAAAAGACCCUUAACAUAUACCGAAAAGAUAUCCAUCAAUGUACUAUCCACUAUAGAGUUACCAAAAAAUUAUAAGAUUGAGAAUGAAGAAGAUGUAAAAGAAGAUAAUUCUUUAAAAAUCAUCACAAAAGAACUUCAUGAAGAUAUUGAUAAACCAAGCUUUUCAGUUCUCAAAUUGUGCUUUCAAGCCAUGCUUCAAUAUUUUAAUUUUCUUGAUAAAAAAUAG